GAUUAAAUAAGUCUUGGGAUAAGUUGUCUGGCGAUUUUCGGAGUGUUUUGAUUCUGCUGUUGACAGGGGGCUUCUUGUGGCCUGAUGACUCUCAUGGACUUUUACCUCCACUAGACCUCCCAUCACUCUCCCCUCUGGAAUUCUGGAAUGGUGUUUUGCUCUAUUUUCCGAUUAUACUCCUGUUCUUAGGGACCGGGGGUUUGACUCUUUGUUUGACACCUAAAUUGGUCAAGUCUUUUAUGGAAUGUGCAUAUGGAUGUUUAAAUUCGUGUAGAGAUUUUUCAUGGCUUUUUGAUUGUGGCGGAAGUGAGAAGGUACCUUGACUUCUUACUAGCUGAACCAAACGACCUAUUGAUAUAGAGGAAUAUAGGCUCAAGUCUAGCCAAUCUAGAGCACGUUAUGACCAGGAGCUUUAGGAGGAAAUAAGUAGCGGAGUCGGUGAGCUUGGUAGCUGCUUUUUCUAUGCUGUCUACUGUCAUAGAAAACAUGGGAUUGCUCUGCAGCAGAAACCGUCGGUAUCAUGAUGCAGAUGCAGAAGAGAAUGCACAGGCUGUGGAAAUCGAAAGACGGAUUGAGCAAGAAACAAAGGCUGAAAAGCACAUUCAGAAACUUCUUCUACUUGGUGCUGGAGAAUCAGGGAAGUCUACCAUUUUCAAGCAGAUAAAACUUCUGUUCCAAACUGGCUUUGACGAGACUGAACUAAAGAGUUAUGUCCCAGUUAUACACGCAAAUGUCUAUCAGACAAUAAAAAUACUGCACGAUGGGUCGAAGGAAUUGGCUCAAAAUGAUGGAGAUUCGUCAAAGUACGUCAUAGCCAAUGAAAACAAGGGUAUUGGAGAAAAAUUGUCGGAAAUCGGAGGCAGGUUGGAUUAUCCACGCCUCACUAAAGAGCUUGCUAAGGAGAUCGAAAGUUUGUGGAAAGACGACGCAAUUCAGGAGACUUUUGCCUGUGGUUAUAGGUUUCAAGUUCCUGACUGUGCUCAGUAUUUUAUGGAGAACCUGCAAAGAUUUUCUGACAUCAAUUAUGUCCCAACAAAGGAUGAUGUUCUCUAUGCCAGAGUACGCACUACUGGUGUGGUAGAGAUCCAGUUCAGUCCUGUUGGGGAAAAUAAAAGAAGCGGUGAAGUAUAUCGACUCUUUGAUGUUGGAGGCCAAAGAAACGAGAGAAGAAAAUGGAUCCAUUUAUUUGAGGGUGUAUCAGCUGUAAUCUUCUGUGCUGCCAUCAGUGAGUAUGAUCAGACACUCUUUGAGGAUGAAAACAGGAACCGGAUGAUGGAGACCAAGGAACUCUUUGACUGGGUGUUAAAGCAACCGUGUUUUGAGAAAACAUCUUUCAUGUUGUUCCUAAACAAGUUUGAUAUAUUUGAGAAAAAAGUUCUCAAGGUUCCUUUGAAUGUGUGCGAGUGGUUUAAAGAUUACGAGCCAGUUUCAACCGGGAAACAAGAGAUUGAACAUGCUUACGAAUUCGUGAAGAAAAAGUUUGAGGAGUUAUAUUACCAAUGCACAGCCCCCGAGCGGAUGGACCGGGUCUUCAAGAUCUAUAGAACAACUGCACUCGAUCAGAAACUCGUUAAGAAGACGUUCAAGCUCGUAGAUGAGACUUUGAGAAGAAGGAAUCUCCUCGAGGCCGGUCUGUUGUGACAAUUGAAAACGGUUUGAGAAAGGAGGAUCUACACACUUGGAGAUAUGGAGGUUUUGCAUACUGCUGUCAGAGCAGGCAAGGUUUACCACACUCUCGCGGGCUCGGAAUUUUUGAAUUCUCAUUACUUAAAAUGCACGAUCGAUUUGAAAUUAUUCUUUGCUUUUUUUGUUAUUCUCUUUGAUUUACCUGGGAAAAGUACUCUUGUGAAUUCUUUCAUAUUGUCUGUUUGUUUAUAAAAUCAUUGUUCAUGUA